AUGGCAGCGGCAAAGGCCGCAGUGGCUCAACGCGAUGCAGCGACAGCACCUCCAGCUCUUCCCGCACUUCCUGCCGCAGUACCCAGUUCAUCUUCUCCAUUGUCUACAUCUCCCGACGCUCUAGGUCAGCUACGUCAGCUUCUCCAACAGAAACUCGGAGAUACUCGUACAAUCGAAGGUUUGAAGGAUCUCGCUUUCCUUCCUACAGCAUCUAACGGUGCGCUCGCUAGCGGCUCUCAGGCCCUUCCGGCACCUUCGUCUAGCCCCGAUGAUCCCGUAUUCAGUACCCACGCCCCUUAUACUCGGCAUAAAUCUGGAAAUUCAUACCAAAUUGCCAUCGACAGGACUAGCGACUCAGACGAUGCAAAGCCAUUUGCUUCCAGGCCCAGGCCGACAGCUGUUCCGUCCUCCAGCUCAGCCGCUCCAUCUUCGGCCAGUUCGACCGCUGCUGAAACUUCUAUCCUAACUACCAGACUCGCCCAAUCGCCUGGCCAAGCUCACUUAUCAAAGAGGACUCGCUGCACGUCUGGUGACGACAUAACACUGGGCUCCUCCACUGCCGACAUCAGCGACCGCUUUGUGAACAUCUUACCAGCUCUCCUCCGUCUCGUCGAUAUCUUCAGCAACGGCAAUGCAGUCAUCAUUACUGAAGUUAGUAACCCCACUCCGGGAGACGAUGAAAGGCGCUCAGAUACCUUGAUGGGGCUUGACGUUUCAGACGCAUACAACAUCCCCGAUAUUGAGGAGACAGGGUGUCGGCAGGAGAUCGUCAAGGGUAAGUGUAAGGCUUAG